AUGGUCUUCCUGGCGCCGUCCUUUGGUGUCGGGGCCCUCCUGCUCCGCCAGGUCAAAUCCGAGACACGGACUUGGCUUGACUUUCUGCUCGAUGCUUCCAAGCAGCUGUUUGGCUGCUUGCUGCUGUGGGGCAUCCACUGCUUAUGGAGGCCCAGCGACGAGGUCUUGCGGCUGUCCGAGCCCGCUGCAGAAGCCACGUGCGGCGUCGUGUUCCAGUACUUGUUGCUUCAGAGCCUCAGCCGAGUCCUGGAGAUAUCUACCGGCCGUACCGAUUUCCGAACUGGGGAAUACCGUGAUGAUGCGGAUCUCAUGGUGCCAGGCAGAUACAUAUGCCAGCUUCUGGUUUGGCUGGCCUGCGUCUGCGCCUCCGAAUGGGCGCUCCAGACGCUUUCCCUCCCCGGCCUUUUUCGAGGCCCUGUAGUCCUACUGUUGGAUCUUACAUCUUGGAGUUCGAGCCUUGCAGACUUGACAGAGCUGCUCGUGCCAUGUGUCGCGUUGGCCCUGCAGUUCUGGCUCACGGAUUGCUUCAUCCAGAAAGGCGGGCUGCCUCCGUGGCAGGCUGUGGCCCUGGUGAUCUGGGCCUCAGCAAGUGCCAUUGGAAGCCUGCUGUCCGCACUGGCUGCAACCUGCCGGGGUCUCGUCAGGCUGUGGCCAUCGGCUGGGCCACUGGGCGAGCCCUUGCUUGAUGAAGAGGAGGGCGAGUGCCAGGCGAAAGUGGAACCGAAGCAGGAGGUGCCGGAAGUGCCGGAGCUGCCAAAGGCCCGCGGCGCGCUGUUACGUGCAGCCGUCGCGGAGGAUGCAGCUGAUUUCAUCAAGUCCCCUCCUGUGCUGCCAAGCAUUGGCAGCCUGCCGUCCCCGCGUGCGAAGAAGCCAUGGCUGCCGCCAGCAGUCACAGACCUUGGCCCGGCAAAGGCACCCUUCCAGCAAUUUGAAAACCUGAGUGGGAUGUUCGCAGAGCGAGAUUCUGAACUCAAAGAAUUGCAUGAAGAACUCGAUGAGCUGCUGGGUGGCCUUGGACUCGAGCACUUGAUGCAGACUCCUUCGCCUUCACCAGCGUCUCCUGGCUCGCCUGAGCUCGUAAACCGUAUCUCCAAGAAGGCUGCACCGGCGUCACCGGCGCCAGCGCCUGUGGUGCCGGCACCGGCACCUGGGCCGGUUGGUCCAGAUCCGAGUGGCCCGGUUGCCCGGAGCCUUCCAUGCUUGGCCACAAGCUUUUCGCGCGCUUCGCGUGGACCGCGGGCAGAAGGCAAGCCGGAGGGGCCCGUGCUGCCCGUGCCACAUGGGCCCACUGGCCCGACCCCGAGGACAGUUUGGGGCAGCCCUCAAAGCUUUGGAACUUCACCUCGUUCACCUCACCAUGUUGCCGGCUCGGUGAGGUCUGAGCCAGGUGCCGCACCGCCAUUGCCACAGCAAGCCACGUCCACACACCGGGCGCUGCCGGUGGCUGAAGGAGGCUCCGAUUGCACCACGUCGCCGUCCCAGCGCUGGGAGCGGAAGUCGCGACGCUACGAUGUCCUGGACAGGAAGAUUGACUCUCUGCUGUCUGCACUCGGUACUUCGAGCACGCAGCCCACAAAUGCGGAGAACGGCCUGUCAGGCCCCUCCCAGGACGAGGAGAGACAAAGUGCGUCUGGCGUGGAUGAGCGGAUUCAACGUCUUCAAGAGAAGAUGCAGCAGCUGUUUCUUGAGCGCGCGCAGGGUGCACCUGGCAGAGGCGAUGCUGCCUCUGCCCAAAAUGUGUCGGAGGAGAGAAAGGAGCAGGGUGAUGGCGAUGGGAUGUUUGACUUCGACGAAAUCGAGGCCGAUGCAACUCGGCAGGCUGUCACUGAGACGGCAAAAGCAGGCGGCACUGUGCCUGUGGAGGUGCGCUUCGUCUUGCAAGGUGAGAAGUGGAGCCGCAGCUUUGAGGUGCCGGCAGGGUCCUCGGUGAAUGACCUCAGGCGCGAGAUGGCGGCAGAAGAGGCCGAGUGGAUCCAGCUGUAUCGGUUCGGCCGACAGGUGGAUCCCAGUGAGGUGUUGAACAAGGCAGCGCGAUUCGACUUCGCGUUCCGACCACCGGCUUCGGUGGCUUCGAAGCCUGCUCCCUUUUGCCCUGAGGCUGUGUCGCAAAGAUGGAAGGACCAUGCAGAGGUCCGUGUUCACAUCGACCACGUGCUCGGCCUGAGCCACCGGAUUCCUGUGAAGGAGGGCACCACCAUCUCAGAGCUGAAGGCAGCGAUGGCUUCAGCGGACCCGACAUCAGCUUCUCGUCCAGAGGACUUCGAGCUCUGCAUCACGGGGGGUCCUCGCCAUCCGCUGGCAGGAAAUGUGGUCUUGUCCGACGUCGGGCUUUGGCAACUGGACCUGCUGCCGCCCUGA